CCCGCAUCUUCAUACGAAACGUUUAAGGCGAAACAAGCUGUGCAGAUAUUAUCGCAAAUUGCGAGUCGUUCACAGCAAAAGUCGUUGUUUCCGGAAGUCGAUCAGAUGUUGCAUGUUCAGUGUGUUUAUAAAAAACCAGCGAGUGUUAACAACAGCAAAAUUUGGCAUAAGAAAAUCGUGUUGCCUCAUCCAAUCUACGACCCGAACAACACGACGAUUUGCUUGAUAAUGCCAGACUUUGAUCGAUCCAAGGAGGCUUGGUUCGAUCCGGAUGUGGACAAACAAGCGCGAAUGUGGGAGGAGAAACUGGGCGAGGAAUUCGGAUUGAAUAAAAGUUUGGUACAAAAGAUAUUAACGCACCGUCAGUUGGGUCGAGAAUACCACACUUAUUUAGAGAAGAGACAGUUGGCUUCGGCGUAUGAUAUUUUCUUGGUUGAUGCGAGUAUUGGUCCGAGAGUUUGGUACGAAUGCGGAAAGGAGUUUCAUAAGGCAAAGAAGAUGCCAUUGUGUGUUGAUACGAAUAAAAGGAAUCUGAUCGAACAAAUCAAGAAGAGCUUCUCAACGAUAUCCUUUCCACUCAGUGCACAUCGUGUCAGAACAAGUUUGAAGAUUGGAAACUUGAGCGAGUCAAGUGAGGAUUUAUGUGAUAAUAUAGAAGAGGCAGCUGCACGUUUGGCAGAAUACUGCCCGGGAGGGUUACCUAACAUACGAUCGAUUAAUUUACAAGUGGUGAGCGGUGGACCGACGAUACCGAUAUAUGCUGAUACUGGUUCCGUGAAUGCGGUAAGAAUGCCGAAGAUGGUGAGUAAGAAGGAACGUUACAAGCUGAACGAGUUCACGGAUGAGUUGUCUACACUGCCUGAGGGACUGAAAGUGACAGUGAGGCCAGAUGGGAGGACGAGUGUCAUUGACGAACAGACUGGUAAGAAGAUUUAUUAUCCAACGGUUCAUGACGAAUGGGAGGAGAAGGAUGAUCUCAAGCCGAAAAUCGAUCCAUUAAAGUUGCAAUUGGAACGAACGAAGAAGAGACGACUGAAGGAAAAAAAAGCAAAAAGAGUGGCAAAAAGGCUAAGAUUGGCGAAGGAAACGGGUGAAGGGGCUGAAAAAGUGGGAAAUGUCGUGAAGACAAUGAAGAAAAUUAUGGAAACGAGACCUGAGAAGAAGGAAAAGAAAUCUGGAAAAGAAAAUAAGAAGAAGGGGGUACUGAAGAAGGAUUAA